AUUUGCUUUCAACAGACGCCCCAGAUGUGCGAGGGGGACUGAACAAAUGACACAGGGGAGGGUGCGACUCGAAUCAAAAUGAAACGUAGCCUUGGUUGCUACAGGUGAAAUUUUGUUUACAUCCGGGUUGUUUCGGACGAAAACAACACACAACAAGCAUAGAAGCAGCUAACUCUGUGUAGUGUAGUUGCUAAGCCGAUUUGACACUACGAUGGCAGGGGAGACAGAAGACGAGAUACCUGAAACGGGAGCAGUCUUCACUUUUGGAAAAAGCAAAUUUGCAGAUAACGUCCCCAGUAAAUUUUGGCUGAAAAAUGAUGUACCUCGGAAAAUUGCCUGUGGGGAUGAGCACACAGCAUUGAUAACAGAGAAUGGCAAGCUUUUCAUGUUUGGCAGUAACAACUGGGGUCAGCUAGGUUUGGGAUCAAAGACCAUGGUGAACAAGCCCACUUGUGUGAAAGCUUUGAAGUCUGAAAAGGUGCGGCUUGCAGCCUGUGGAAGAAAUCACACUAUAGUUUACACUUCUCGGGGAAGCGUGUACUCUACCGGUGGAAACAACGAAGGUCAGCUAGGUCUGGGAGACUGUGAGGAGAGGACAGCCUUCCAAUUGGUGGACUUCUUCAGUUCACAUGGACCAAUCAAAAUGCUUGCUGCCGGCUCCAACACCUCUGCUGCCCUCACAGAGAGUGGGACGCUGUUCAUGUGGGGGGACAACACUGAGGGUCAGAUCGGCCUGGGGAAGGAGAGCAGUGCCCUGUCCCCCCAGGAGGUCACUGUGGGUCGGCCAGUGGCCUGGGUGUCCUGUGGGUACUACCACUCUGCCUUCGUCACUGUUGAUGGGGGCCUGUACACAUUUGGGGAGCGCGACAGCGGCAAACUGGGCCUGGCCACGGGUCAGCUGGAUGGACACUGCGUGCCCCAGCUGGUGAAGGGCAUCACAGACCAGGUGACCCAGGUGGCAUGUGGAGGCGGGCACACCGUGGCUGUGACAGAGGAGGACCUGUACACCUUUGGCCUGGGUCAGUUUGGUCAGCUGGGCCAGGGGACCUUCAUCUUUGAGGCGAGGCUGCCCAGAGCGGUGGAUCACUUCAGGAAGGGCCGAGUACGACAGGUGAUGUGUGGGGAGAACCACACUGCUGUCAUCACAGACAAUGGUCUUCUCUAUACCUUUGGGGACGGGAGACAUGGGAAGCUGGGUCUGGGAGAGGAGAACUUCACCAAUCAAUUCAAGCCCACUCUCUGUCCACGCUUCCUCAAAUACAACGUCCAAGCGGUGACAUGCGGAGGUUGCCACAUGCUGGUUCUAGCCAAGCCCAGAGACAAGAGCUAUCAGGAAGUGACUCUGGAGGAGAAUGAUGUCACAGAGGACUACCUGGAGAAGUCCUACACAGAGCUCUUAGGGGACACCCUCACCUCCACCCCUGCUACCCUGAACAGUAGCCUCUCUGCCCGGGUCAGGAGGAGAGAGAGGGAGCGUUCCCCGGAGCAGUUUGGGCUCAUGUUCCGGACCCUGCCCCCCCUGAUGUCCGGACACCUCAAUACCUCCGCGCCCGUGUCCAGCCAGACCAUCCCCUCCAGCCUGCAGCCCAAGGAGCUAACCAACAGAAAGGUGCACAACGGCAUUCACCAACACAGGAGCACUGGGUCUAACAAGAAGGAAAAGAGGUCAGCUGAGAAGGGAAGAGAUGAGGGAGACUGCAGCGCUGUGGAGAACGUGAUGGACAACGAGAGUGUUAAAGAUCUGGGAGACACCACGGACUUCCUCAACAUGACUCAUGUGAUGAAAAUGGACCCCAGUGACAAGACGUUGACGUUGUCCCCUGUACAGAAGGAUUUAAGAGCUGAAGAGGGGGAAGGACAUAAGGAUGAUGAAGAAGAAGAGGAGGAGGAGGAAGAAGAAGAAGAAGAGGAGGAGAACAACAAAGCAGAGGAGAAAGAGAAAUCUGAGGACAUGGAGGGACAAUCAUUACAGGGUCAGAGCCAGUCCACAGCAGAACCCCUCCAGGGACCAGAGGGUGUGAAAGAAGAAACUCUCCCAGACGGUGUGCAGAAAGGGUGGAUGGAUUAUCAUGAAGUGUCUGUUGUGUAUAGUUGCAGAGGACUCGGGUCAGCCCAGUCCUUUGGCUCCGACAGAGGAGAGCUCUGCAUCCAGCACUCAGCUGCAGAAUCAAACAACAGAGGAGAAACCCAAGAACCAACCAAGGACCAACAGAAAGCUGUUGCUGUUCAAACGCCUGUCCUCCAAAGCCAAGCAGACAGAGGACAGUGCGGAAUCCCCGGCAGAGGGCACCGGCAUGGGGGAGCUGCCUGCCAGUGCCAAGGGUCCCUCUGCAGGGCUGGAGAACAGAGAUCCAUCAGAGACCAGCGCUAGUGGUGCCCAGCCCCCUCUGAGAGCACCCUCGGACCCUGGUGGUAGAGGUGCCCGCUCUACCACCUGCACCCUACUGUGACACCACUCACAGGGGUUGGAGAACUGGACUGGCAGCGCCAACAACCAAUAAACCCUUGAAGAGGUUGCACAUUGACUGUACACAACAAACAACCACUCCACUUUGAACACUAGCUAACUUCUCACAAAGUGACCUAUUUAUUGACAUUCAGUUCCCAAAUUUCCCAUAUGCGAAACAUGUAUUAUAAAUGUGUAUACUUGUAUUUAAUGUGCACAAAAAUGUAUUUAAUUAACCACAGUGUGUUUUGAUCGUGUUUUUAUAACGUAGUCGUGUGUUAUAAACUGUGUGGAUAUACUAUUUAUUGCUGACUGAAAUAUCCCAAAUGCACAAUUGCACUUUAAAUGUAACCUUAUUGUGUGUUUUUCAGGGAAAUAUGACAUUUGUGUGUGUUCUGAUAUUUUAUUUUAAUCGUUUCAUAAACCGUUUGAUCUUGGUUCUGGUGUGACAAUCAUCUCAUGAUUUGGAUACUAAUAAAACAACUUUAUGUAAAA